AUACUAAAAUUCUUCAAUUAACAAAAUUAUUUCUAUACAAUAAUCGAUUUUAUUAUGAUGGUAAGAUAUAUCGAUUGAAUAAAGGUGGUCCAACAACUUCACGUUUUACUGAAACGUUAGCCAAUAUUUAUCUACUUGGAAUGGAAAACAAUUGUCUCAUCAAUCAUCGUUCCAUGCAAAAUGAAUUCUAUGGUCGAUAUCAAAAUCAAAUCUUUUUUACAUGGAAUCAAUCUUUAAAUGAACUUGAAGAAAUUCUUCAUCAAAUGAAAUUACAAUAUAAUCACUUAGAUUUUCAUAUUUCUAUUGAAAAACAAUUGACUUUUCUUGAUAUUUAUUUAGAAAAUCGUCAUGGCUUCCUUUAUAGUCGUGUUCAUCAUGAACAAAAUCGACAACGUUACACAUUACCAUAUACAUCAAAUGAAAAUUCCAUCAGGAUACAUAGUCAUUGGUUACGAUCAAGUCUUAUACGUGCUGUUCGUUAUUGUACAGCAGUGGAAGAUUUUCAUUAUGAACGAAUCUAUCUUGAAAUGAGCUAUUUAGCCAAUGGUUAUUCGUAUGAAUUCAUUAAAAAACAUCUUCAACAUUUUUUUCUACAAUUUGGUGCUAAAGAAUUUCAACAAUUCGUUUUGGAUCAAGGUCUUUAUGAAAAAUUUCGUCAUCGUUUAUUUAAUUUUAUGAGUGAACAACGACAACAUAUACAGAAAAAACAAGAAUCAUUCAAGAAGAAUCGACGUUUUCAUUUAUCGUAUAUUUAUGAUAAUAUAAGUUCGAAAAGUAAAUUCAAUAAACAAUUACGUGAAAUUCUAUCAGAUAGUAUUAAAAUCAAAAAUACAACAUUCGAGAACAGCAAAUUACAACUUGACAUUACAACAAAACAUCAAUAUUCAUUAAAUGCACUUCUUAGUCAUCAACGACCGUCACAUCCAAUAUUAAAUAAAAUGAUCUAA